UCAUGAUUUCUCAUUCUUUAGUUGAUGAUGAAGUUGAAAUAUAGCAUACUUUUUCAGUAUUGGAAUAAUUAUAAGACAUGAUUCAUAAUAAAUAGUAUUUGUAAUAUAAGGAUAAAAUUUCAGAUCACAAGAGAUCGUUUAUCAUGUUAUUGUCUUUAAGUGUUGAAAUGUUUUAGAGAUCUAAAGAACCAGAAAAUUAGAAAAAAUUCUUAAAAAGUGCCAAAUUAGCUAUAAAAUCAAUCAAAGAAGAGAAUAGAUUAAAAGAUUGUAAUAUAGAUGAAAUUAGUGUACUUUUACGAUGCAUCACAUAAAUAAAUGAAUUGGUAUUACGAUGAUGACUAAAAUAUUAGAAUCCUACAGAAGAUGAAGAAAUUGAAUAUUGGGCACUAAUAGGAACUCUCAUAAAUCAAUUAACUCCACAUUCUAGUUGUAAACUAUUGCAUUCCUUAUCAAAAUUUAGAAGUUUUAAUGAAAACCUAAUUGGAAAAUUAUUGCAUCCCCUACAAUAUAUAGAAAAUAAGGAUAUCAAUUAAAAAGAUGCUAUUAGUUUAUUUUUCUCAUUUAAACAUAUUAGUGAUAAAACAAAGAAAUUUGAUGAAGUAAUUUCAAAAGUUUUUGUUUUUUUAUAACCCUAUAUGAUUAAAUAGUCAUUUAAAUUACAUGUCAAAUAUAUUGGUAUGAUUUACAAUGUCUUAGCUACUUUACCUUUAGAAAUUGAUAAAGAUUUCUUAACAUUUUUAGAAUUAUAAUUAAUUUAAUCAAAUAAUUUAAGUAUGUUAUGUUUAGCUCAUUUAUUUUAAUUUUGUUAUUCAAAACCAGAUUUAAAUAUCAUUAUCAAUAAAAAAUUAGAAGAAAAGAUUAUAGUAUUUUUAAAUUAAUCAUCUGAUAUAGAUGAUAUACCUAAGGCAGAAUAAUUUAUUAUGUUUUUCAAUACAUUAGGAAAUUAAUGUACACCAAAAUAUAUUGAUAUUUUUAUUCCUAUUUUAAAAAAGAUUCCAAUGAAUGAUUUCAUAAUAGGGAAAAUGUUUUCAGGAUUAUUGAAAAUAACAUUGGCAUCUCAUUAUUUAACAGAAAUUACAGAUAUUUGUAUUUAGAGAUUAAAAUAAUAUGACAAUGCAAUUAAUAUACAUGCUUUAAAUAGUAUUUAUAGAGCAAAAUGUAUUUAGAAUGCUAAAUAUGCAAAUCUUUUUUAGGAUGUUGUUAAUUAUUAGAUUAAUAAAUAUAGUCAAGAAAUAUUCAUUAAAGAUUAUUUAUAUUUGAUUAACAAUAAGAAAUAUUUUGAAUCAUUUGAAUUUUUAUAAGUGUUAAUAGAUUUUUUAAAAAUUUAUACAUUUACUGGAAAUGAAGGAAAAGAAAAUAAAAUUAUUGUUAGUGAUAAAUUAAAGGAACUUAAAAUAAUAGUAAAAAAUGUGAAGAAUUAGAAAGUUGAAGAAAAUGCUUAAAAAUUCUUAGAAUAGUUUGAUGAUUUCAUUUGA